AUGAGUAAGGAUGAGAUUAUCUCCUUAUUGAAGAAGAAAAUUGAGGACUUAGAAAGCACACAGAAGAAUCCUAACCAAAUGGGUAUGUCUUACAGUAAUGCAUUGACCAGCUCGGUCAAGCAAAGUCAGAGUAAACUAACCAACUAUAACUAUAACUUACCCAGCCUGAUAAUUAAGCCCAUGCAAAACCAAACUAUAAAAAAAAUAGAGUCUGAUCUGAAACUGAAUAUUAAACCAUUUGAAUUGAAAAUUGCAAUUGGAGGUACUCGCAGCACUUCAAAUGGUAAUAUAAUUGUUAAGUGCCAAAAUAAACAAGACCUAAAGGCAUUAAAAAGAGAGGCUGACAUGAAAUUAAGUGGUUAUGAAAUACAAAUUCCAGAACUGAAAAAGCCUAGAAUAAAAAUAACAGGAUAUGAUGGUACCUUGGGCAAGCAAGACUUGGUCAAGUGCAUCAGAGAACAAAAUAAAUUUAUUAACAUGAAUGAUGAACUCAAGAUUACAUUCGUUAAAAAGAUAAGAGACCGGUUCACUGUGCUCUCCUUCUCUAUUUCAUAG